CUCCCGCUGCGCCCUCCUCAUUCAAGGGUGCGGCGGAGCAACAGGUGCGACGAACAGAGGACAGAGACAGACUUCAAAUUUAUCAGCCAUCACUGUUUUCUGACUACUUUUUUACCCUCAAGAAGCGAAGGAAUAUUAAGAAAGAGGGACUGACUUUGUAAUUUUCACAACUUGAUAAACAGCAGGUGAAGAGCCGGAGAUUUGAGCCAUCACAGCAGGUGGACGGCGUUGUAAUUAGAAAACAGAAAAAAAAAGAAAAAAAAUGGCCAACUCGGGUCUUCAGAUUUUGGGAUUCUCCCUGGGUCUUCUGGGCGUGAUCGGACUGAUUGUUGGCACCAUUCUGCCCCAGUGGAAAAUGUCGGCCUACGUCGGGGACAACAUCAUCACGGCCAUCGCCAUGUAUGAGGGUCUGUGGAUGUCGUGCGCCUUUCAGAGCACAGGCCAGAUCCAGUGCAAGGUGUACGACUCCAUCCUGCAGCUCAACAGUGCCCUCCAGGCAACUCGUGCUCUCAUGGUUGUUAGUAUCAUCGUGUCGCUGGCUGGGCUGGGCGCUGCCUGCAUGGGGAUGAAGUGUACUACCUGUGGAGGAGACGACAAAACACGCAAGUCCCGCAUUGCCAUGGUUGGCGGCGUCAUCAUCUUGAUUGGAGCUUUGUGUGCCAUCGUCGCUUGCUCUUGGUAUGCCCACGAUAUCAUCCAAGCCUUCUACAAUCCAUUCACUCCAGUCAAUACCAAGUACGAGUUUGGUGCCGCCAUCUUCAUCGCCUGGGCCGGAGCGUUCUUGACGGUAGUGGGAGGCGCCAUGCUGGCGGCGUCGUGCCCACGAGGCAAAUCCACGCCCAAGUAUCCCAUCUCCAGACCGCCCAGCAGCACCAAGGAAUACGUGUAAACCGGACUGAACUCUGUUGAAGGAACAAUGAUAUUCAUGUUAAAGAUGUAUCCCAGGAGGCAAUGGGAGCUUGUCUGUUUUUUUUUUUUUGCUUUGUUUUUUAUUAGUUUCUGUGAGGCCACCCUCUAAUGUUACUGUAAUAUUAUUUUAAUGGACUCAUUAAAGUUUUAAAUACCAGCUGUUUACUUGGAAGAGAUUAUUCACAUCGCCCUGUCUGGUACCUUAGCCAGUGCUUACUUUGUAAUGUUACACUUCUCACUUAUCUGACACCAAGAAGGCACUAAG